AUGUCCGACGUCCCUCUUCCUGAACGCCUUCCCAAACCAGAGGAACCUAAAGCACCAGCCCCUGCACCUCAGUUCCAGCAAGUACCUCUGAAUUACUACCAAUUUCCACCUCAAGGUUACUACCCACCACAAGGCUUCCCGAACUACCCUCCUCAGCCUAUGCCUUACUGCCCCAACCCUUGGUUGUUCCAGCAAUUCCAAUCUCAAUCCAAAUCGAAGAGAGACCAAGAGUUCGAAGAAGGUCUGAACCGCUUACGCAAAGAGUAUGCUACAGCUCCAAUUGAGAGAAAGUUGUUCCCGGACCAAAAAAUAAUGUUUAGGUGA